AUGAAGGGCUUGAAAGACCUAUGUUGCGCUUCACGUGUCACUUUGCUGAUCUACCACCAGCCAUGGGCUUUGCUGUUAGAGUCCGAAAAGGCCAUUUUGUCCGUAUCGGAGACUUUCGAUGAAUGUCUUGUGAACCCUUCAAGUGAAUGCGCAGCAUCCGAUUUCUCCGAAAGGAUCGCACACCUGGACGCUCACAUAACAAGCAUAAUUAGGCAAUUAGAUCUCUUGAAAAAGCCCAAAUACAAUGGCGGUAUUGAAUCAAGUGCCGCCCAGGGUAUGUGGAGAAUCGCAACGGUGUUAGUCCAUUCAGCUCGAAUUCGACUUCAUCGAGCCCGAGCGUUCAUGGAUAUUCCUCUCUUCCUCAACAAAUAUUGCGACCUUGCCGCAAUUCAAGAAAUGAUGGAAGCGACAUCGGCAUUCGAUUCAAGACGGCCACCGAAUCUCGAUUCUAUUUUCCCGUUCACUGAACAGGACUCAUCCCUUGUCUGUCUCAAAUCUGCCCAACUCAUAUCACGAACUCUUGAGGAUAUUCCGAUUGCCAAUCCCUAUCUACACCCAUUUGUUGUUACGGGUAGAAAGCCAACUGGAGUGACCGGGAAAACACCUUAUAUGUUACCUUUUUUCAUGUGCGCGGCUAUGCAAGGCUCUUACGUCCUCCUUAUGCUUCACUACCGACUGCGUGCUGCAUUAGAGUCAAAGCAUUUGUCAAUGUACUAUUACCUGUUGCACUCCCCUCAAACAGACUCGGAGUCCCAAGAUGCUGAGCGACUGUUGCGAGAGCUUCGUCAAGGGAUGGAGUCGAUUGUUGGGGCUGUUAAAUUGGCUAACAUGUUUGAGGGAGUGGGCAGUAUGAGUCAGGAGAUUUAUAUUGCGUACCAGUCUACUUUGAUCGAAGAUUGA